CUUGGGACGGGAGUUCAUAGUGGGAGGUCUGACCCCUAGCUUCUCAGCUCUGCUUCUGCCCAAUCCACCCUGAACUGCCUGAAUUUGGCCAAUUACCUAGGGGAACGGAGAUCCUGAGAAAUCCAGCACAUUCUACUCUAGAUCCCAGGCUGCCCUUGGGCUUCCCAACCCCUCCUCUAAACCUCUUUGCACUAGAGCGACCUGUCUAAGCAGGAGCUCGGACUACAUCUCCCAGCGUGCCUGGCAGAGUGGUGGCCCGUGUGUGCCGUCUGCAGUUGCUUUGGGGGACGAUGCAGCGAGCUGUGAGCCUGGUUGCCCCUCUUGGCUUUCUCCGGCCAGCACUCCCCGCAGCUCUGAGUCGCUCACUCAGUUGUGCACAGGACAAGCUCCGCAGGACUCCGCUCUAUGACUUCCAUCUAGCCCAUGGUGGGAGAAUGGUGGCGUUUGCCGGCUGGAGUCUUCCUGUGCAGUACAGGGAUAGCCACGUGGAUUCGCAUCUGCACACACGCCGGCACUGCUCACUCUUUGACGUAUCACACAUGCUGCAGACCAAGAUAUUUGGUUGUGACCGAGUGAAGCUGAUGGAGAGUCUCGUAGUGGGAGACAUUGCAGAGCUAAAGCCAAACCAGGGUACACUGUCGCUGUUUACCAAUGAGGCUGGAGGCAUCUUGGAUGACCUGAUUGUGACCAAUACUGCUGAGGGAUACCUAUAUGUGGUAUCCAAUGCUGGCUGCUGGGACAAGGACCUGGUCCUCAUGCAGGACAAGGUCAGGGAGCUUCAGAACGGGGGCAGUGAUGUGGGCCUAGAGGUGGUGGAUAAUGCCCUGCUAGCCCUGCAAGGCCCCACUGCAGCCCAGGUGCUACAAGCUGGUGUGGCACACGACCUGAGGAAACUACCCUUCAUGACCAGUGCUGUGAUGGAGGUGUUUGGUGUAUCUGGCUGUCGAGUAACCCGCUGUGGCUAUACAGGAGAGGAUGGUAUGGAGAUUUCAGUGCCCGUAGCUGGGGCAGUCCACAUGGCAAUGGCUCUGCUGCAAAACCCAGAGGUGAAAUUGGCAGGGCUGGCAGCCCGGGACAGUCUGCGCCUGGAAGCAGGCUUGUGUCUCUAUGGAAAUGACAUUGAUGAACAUACCACACCUGUGGAGGGCAGCCUCAGUUGGACACUGGGGAAGCGGCGCCGGGCUGCAAUGGACUUCCCAGGAGCCACAGUCAUUGUUCCCCAGCUGAAGGGCAAGGUGGAGCGGAGGCGUGUGGGGUUGAUCUGUGAGGGAGCCCCAAUGCGGGCGCACAGUCCCAUACUGCGUGCAGAAGGCACCAUGAUUGGUACUGUGACCAGUGGCUGCCCAUCACCCUGCCUGAAAAAGAAUGUGGCAAUGGGUUACGUACCCUCCGAGUACAGCCGACCAGGGACACAGCUGCUGGUGGAGGUGCGGCGGAAGCAGCAGAUGGCCAUUGUCAGCAAAAUGCCCUUUGUGCCCACAAACUACUACACUCUCAAGUGAAGAUGGCAGGGGCAGAGGCCUCCCCUUCAGGACUGUCUUGCCUUGUGACACAUUCUACAAAGAUUAGUCAAGACAAGGCAGAACUAUCUGAGGGGCAAGCAGCUGAGUAUAGCUUGGCCUUCCCGCAACACAGGCCCCACUAACUUGAGGAUCAUGUUUCUGACUGACAGACCAAGCCUCUCAAUGCCCAGGUUUUUUUCCCUGAUUCCACUGACCACUCUGCCAGGUGCUGAUGUAGAGUGAAUGCUCACCUUUGUGAGUGGGUAAUAUCUGGCCAACCUACCUCAUUGUGGUUUCUCACCUUUCAAAGGUGAGCCUGUGUAGCCUUAGGUCAUUUUCUGUACUUUGCUUUCCAUGAAUACAAACUGUGGCCUCUCCCCAGGGGAGGAAUGGUUCUUGACUCACCAGAGCAUUGACUUGUUAUUCCUGUAUGUAAACAAGGACUCUUCCUUUUCCCAGUUGGCUUAGCCUGCUGCUCAGUAGCAUAUCGUGGCAUGCCCACCAACAGAGCUGACUUUUGCCUCUGGGGCCUAUAGCUGGACUUUUACUAUCUCUUGAAAAAAUUAAACAAAGUUCCUUCCUUCUUA